GCUCGAAAGGAAACUCCAUUAUAUUUUGCACGGAAUCUGCAAGAAAAAAAAGCAACUGUGAAAUAGGGAUUAAAUGGUGCAUCGGGUUAACUGAAUUCUGCCUAAGUAUAAAGCGGUUUGACGGAACAUAUUUAGGUGAUUUGGUUGGAUAAUUUGCUUCUCGAUCGGACAUACUUGAGACAUCUUGGGACACUCCAGAAUCAACGAUUAUCGCUCCCGGUUGCUGUUCAAAAAGUGGACGCUUGAUUCGGGACAAGGUGGACUGACAGCUUUGGGGACAGGCCUUGCUGGGCGUCACAGCGAAUUUUGGCCGUCUACGUGCUUCUAUCCAACACCAUGUCCUGCAAACGGUGGAUUCCUUAGCCAGAACACGUCUUGGCUUUUCAAAGAUGACAAGGUGCUGGAAGGCAGUAGCUUCAAAAUGAUGGGAGGCAGUGAGAGUGGCAAUGGGGACAAGGAUGGGCUCCACGUUCUGGCUAUACAUGUCCCCAUUGGCUGGCAAAGGAGAGUGGAGGAGGGGAUUGUGGUGUAUGUCAGCCCCAGUGGUACCCUGCUGUCCUCCAUGGAGGAGGUGAGAGCCUACCUGCUGACAGACGGCACCUGCAAAUGUGGCCUGGAGUGUCCUCUGGUCAUCAACAAGGUGUUCAACUUCAGCCUGGAUGUCAGGGUUCAGCCCCACAGCCAGCCACUGGGGAAGGCGGAGCAGGAUAUGACAAAACUCUGUAACCAUCGCAGGAAAGUGGUUGCCAUGGCAGCGCUGUGUCGCAGCAUGCAGGCCUCCCAGCUGCCCUUCGUCACCCAUUACCAAGAGGCCACUAGUGGUGUAGGGGAGAACAGAGACCCAAAGAGGAUAAGGGUGGACAGAGAAGGAGAGGACCACGGCACUUACCCUUCCAAACACCCCCUGUUGUCCCCCAGGCCCAAUAACAACCUGAACCCCGCCCCUGGUGCCGGCCCUAUAAGUUCCGCCCAACUCAUGUACUCUUACAAUGGUUCCUCCCCUCUCUCCCACUCUAGCACUAACUCUCAUCAUCUUCUCGAUACACUAAGGAGACUGCCCCCUCCCGUCUCCCUCCCUCCCCCUUCCUCCACCUCCUCUUCUUUCCCGGGCUACAGUACCCCCCACAGGUCACCCAGGGCUCCCACCCCGCUCAACCUCAAUCAAGGUCAAAGGUCAGAGACGCCCGGCUCGCCUCGACUGGGACCUCUUUCCCCCCCUCCCCCCUCCUCCCCGGGGACUCAGGGGGCAGCCAGAGGAGGGCAGUCCCUUCACCCCCAGUGUGUCGUCAUGACCUCCCCCCUCUCGCCCUCCCCGUCUCCCGCCGUCAACUUGAAGUCCGCCUCUCCUCUCCAGCGCUCCCGUCACCUCUCCGCCUCCGCUGCUCUCUCUGAGCAGGGAGGAGCCGGGGGAGGAGCCGGAGGUGGAGGCUACCCCCCGCGGAGGAAGUCCACCUCCUCCUCUCCCCUGUCUCCCGGCCUCCACUAUCCCAAGCACAAGCUGGAGGACAUCCUAGAGCAGUUGAAGAACUCAGGCAACGCGAGCACUAAUAAUCACAUCCUCCACUUGAGCCCUCUGACCAACCAAAGCAACCCUCACAUCCUCUCCCUGGCCCUGGAGAGAGGCAGUCGACCUGGGAAGGCCCCUGGCGCUCUGGCAGGGCCGGUCCUCGGCCUCGGUGCUGCCGGCCCCUCGGGCCUACCCAUGGGAGCUUUCCUCCACCACCAGAGACAGCCCCACCCUGCCUCCUUCCCUGCCAGCAGCCUGCUCUCGGCAGCGGCCAAGGCCCAGCUGGCCAGCCAGAUGACCCAGAGUCUGGGCCAGGCUCCAGGUAGCUCGGCCCCUUCUCUGGAGGUCUCGAAGGAAUCCCAGCAGCAGCAGCAGCAGGCGUUGAAGGUAACAAACAGCACUUUACACAACAGCCAUCACCCCUCCAUCACUACCAGGCCUCCUCUUCCUCACCCUGCCGCCACCCUGCCCCCCUCCCAGACCCUGAUGCCCCCCUCCCCCGGCGAGCGCUCCUCCCACAGGAAGCGUCAGCGGCGCUCCCCCACCGUGCUCAGCAUGCUGAGGGACGGCCAGCUGCCCCCCAACGGCCCCUCCAGGCCCCCUCCCUCCGGAGCCGGAGACGCCCUCAACCUCUCGUCCUCCUCCUGUUCGGCCUUGCACUCUCAGCCCUCGUCUACCUCAGUCCUGUCCAACUCUGCCAGCAGCAGACCCAUGGAGAGCCUCCUCCACCAGCCCCCCAGGCUCCCAGCCAGGCUGCCCACCCCCCUCAACUCCCUCAUGGGCCUCCAGAGGCAGCCUGAGGCCCUGGACUUCACGACGGCCAUGGCGGGGAUACCAGACCCUCCAACCCAGCCUUUGUCGGCCCUGCUCCACCUGCUGAGUGUCCAGAAUGCCCAGGCCCAGAGCCAGGCAGCCGGAGGGGGCAGCAGCGUCAGGCAAAGCCCCAGGCGGUCGCCUUCCUCUCCGUCAACCGUCAGACCCCCGUCACGUUCCACCCAGUCGCCCUGCCGGCCCAACAGCGCCCCCAGCCCGGCCCAGCCCCUGUCCCCCUCUCUGAGGGCCAGGCAUGCUGGGGGAGGCGGGCCGCAGUCUCCCUUGAGGUCUCCCCCCAGGACCAGUCCGCUGCACAAACUCUCCCCGUCCACAGCACCUCCGCACUCCCAGCAUUACCACCACCACCGCAGCCCCUCAUCCUCCCGCCUGUCCCCCGACAAGCUCCACCACCUCAGCCCCCUGGACUCCUCCUGCCACGACCUGUCCCAGGUCAGCGCGGCGGCAGACGUGACAGGACCCGAGGGACCUCUCCCCUCCAGCAACAGCACGACGCUUCGCCCCUCGCCCUCCCCGUCUCCCAAGCCUCUGGACCUCAGCACCCCUGUUUUGGCCUUGCUAGCGGCAUCCUCCACUCUACCUCCGGGGGAGGGGGGUCCGGACCAAACCACGAGCCCUCCUGUCAGCCACGGCACCGCAGGGUCAGAGGAGCCUCCGGGUGGCGACCACCAGGGCUCCACAGACACCAGACCCCAUGGCACUCCCGGCCCCAGCUCUUGCCUCUCUGUCCUGGGCGUGGACUCCCCCGGUCCCCUGCCCCUGGCGGAGGCCUUCCCGUUCAUGUCCCAGGAGCAGCUCCUCCAGCUGCUGUCUUCCACUGGAGGACUCCCGUCCUUGCUGGACCCCUCGCUCCUGGCCUCCCUGCACCUGGGGGGCCUGUGGCUGGGGGCACAGCAAGGCGGAGCCUCCACCCACGGAGCGGACCCUCCUCCACCUCCAGACCAGCACCUCCUGCUGCCCCACGAGACCCAGCAACAGCACCAGGAGCAGCAGCAACACAAACAGCAGCAGCAGCUGACGGCUCCGAUCAACCACAGCUCUCUGUUCCCUCUGCUGCCCUCCCUCGUGGGCGCCCAGGGCGAACUGCCCCUUAGCCUCCUGGCGCUGCUCAACCCCCUGCCCCCCCCGCCGGCCUCCACGUCAUCCCCCGGGCAGGAGAGCGAUCUGGGGCUGGGGGACAAACCCGGGCUCCACGCUCUGCUCAUGGCCUCCUUGCUGCUGGGACAACAGCAGGCCAUGCUGCCUCUGUCUGGACUGGGCCAACUCAGCCUGGACCUCCAGCCUGUCCAGCAGCACACGCUGGAGGGCCUCUCCCUGGAGAAGGGCUCUCAUCUCCUGGACCCGGCAUCCCUCCCCGGCCCCGGGCUCCUGGAGGUGCUCCAGGGGCUGCUCCCCCCGCCGGCCGAGGGUCCACUCCAGGCCCUGCACUCCCUCCUCCUCCCCACCACCCUGCCUCCUCCCCCCGCCACCUUCCUGCCCCUCAGCCCUGCCCUGCUAACAGCUGCCCUGGGCUCCGCUGAGCUCCCACCAUCUCCUGCCCCCCAGCUCCCACCCACCCAGACUCCCCAGCAAACCCCUCCUCAGGUGACCUCUCUCGGCCCCGCCCACCUCUCGGGUCGUCCCUCCACCCCUGAGGGGGUGGACACCCUGAUCCCCCUCUCGCUCCAGACCAAGGACAACCCCCUCCUCCAGCAGCUGCUGCCCACCUUGCUCAACCCAACCGUCCUAGGAGACCUGUCUGCUCUGAGCAGCCUCCACAGCCUUCUGAGUCUAGGGGCCGGUCCUCUCCUCCUGCCCCAAGUUCAGGCCUCUGCCCUGGGCAUGCCUCUGCUCCAGACCCCCGAUGGAGCUAUCAACCUCCUCAACAACAUCCAGCUCAACAUUGCACCGCCCUCAGAGCCAGAGAAGCCAAUCCCCAUGCAGGAAACAGUCAGCCCCGCCCCACAGGAGGGCAUCCAGGCCCAUCAGCCGGCCCCUGAGGCGGCGCCCUGCUCCACCAACCUCCCUGCCCCUGUGGCCCAGCGAGGGGAGGGGCCAGCGAACGGGGGUGGCGUCCUAAACCCCUACGCCUCCUUCAUGGACACCAUCUACACCUCGUUCCUCCAGGUCAGCGCCAAGGAGCAGGAGGAGGCCCAGGCCCCCGCCGCCACCUCCGAGCCUGCCCUCUGUGCCUUACCCCCGUCCACCCCCUCCGCCGCCCUCCCCCCGUCCAGCGGCCCGGCCUCGCUGAGCCCCCGGCGGGCCUGCUCCCUGCGCAAUCCCGACCUCUCCAGGCUGACCAUGGAGGCCGGCGCCCACUCCCCCGCCCAGGGCACGCCCAAGCCCAGCGACGACGGCUGCUCCUCGCCGCCCCGGAGCCAGCGCGCCCACCCCGACCCCCCCCUGCCGCCCAGCUACCUGGAGGAGGCCAAGACGGAGGCGGGGUGUGUCUACGGGGAGGGAGGGCCCGAGAGGCAGGGGGACCUGCCGCUGGCCGGGCGCUACCUGAGCCCCAAAGACGGCUGCCCCCAGGAGGAGAUGGGCGGGCGGCAGCACACGCAGCAGGGGAGGGACCAGAGUGCUCCAGCAGGGGGCGCCAGGAGAGGAAGGAAGAGGAAACAAACGCUACACAACGUUCUGGAAGACUUCAGAGACAUGGACCCUGCAGGCCUGGAGGAAGCCAAGCCAACAGCGGUGCUGUUGAAGCCCGAAAGAUCCGUCAGGGGCCGGAGGAGGAGGGGCGCCAGAUCUCAGAGGCAGUGAUUGGACCAAGUUGCCCCCCAACUGUCACCAGUCAACCAAUCAUCGAGUUUAAAGUCCUCUUUUAUCCCCCGCCCACCUCUGUCAUUUCCCCCGUCCUGCCAUCGAGGCUCCUCCCACACUCCUUAUCAACUGCACUAAUAGAAACCUAAGUCACUACAGUCAGGUCAGCCUCUGAGCUCCGGAGGAAGCUAGCUGAGGAUGCAUAGGAAGUCCCACAGAUGCUUUGCUUAGCUCACAUCUCUGGAGAAUCUAAAACACGAGAUGCUUGGCCUUGUGAGGAUGAGAUGGUGUAUGAAUUACGUCAACGAGAAAAUGUGUACUAUUCUUAAGUGUGUUCACGAUGGGUGGGGGGGGGGGUAAGCGCAUCUACUUGAAAGACUGAUGUGUCCUCUCUGUUGAGGUGUGUGUGUGUGUGUGUGUGGGCGAUGUGCGUGUGUAUGAGUGUGUUUAUGAUCUGUGUGCUUCAAGAGCGCGUUUGACACCAAAUUGGGGUCAAAUACAAACCUCGGACACUAGAAAUACUUGAGACCAUGCUUGAUUUCUCACCUUGUUAGCAUUUACAGGACUGUUCCCUGGGUUCUUCCAGGCCUGAGAGACUCAAUUGAGCCCACCUCUAGUGUCUGGUCCAUCUGUUGUAGGCUGCUGGUCCCAGGUGUGUCAGUCACCUGCUGUUGCUGAGCCCUCUCACUGUGCCACCACGGCCGUCCUGCACCCAGAGACCCUGCAGCUGUGCCGCUUCUCUCUCACACACACGCACACACACACACACACACACACACACUGCUAUUGUGUCGUAACCAUGGUCACUCUGUGGUUCUGAGUUCAGGGAUCCCCUGUGUUUCAACCUCACUAAUUCCCCCCCCCCCACACACACACACACACACACUGUUGUCUAAGUGACUGUCACUAUAUAAUAGAAACUUACAGCUAUCUCACAGUAGCUCCCUCCUGGGAGAACAGUAUGGGGUCACUGUUGGACUGUGAACAAUGUGAAAGCUAUGAAGCUCCCCUUAUCUAGGGUGGAAGCAGGGAAAGGGGGCGUGGCAGGGACACACACACCCAUGUUGGCGUGCGUCAUGGUUAGUUAGCGUCAUUUCAGAUAGGUCCUGCCAUACGGGCAUGUUUGAGGAGUAGAGAAAGUGUGUUGACAAAGACCUGUGUGGGUUUGUAACUGUUUGUUAUUGUGGACUAGAGUCGUUCUCUGUCUCUCCUUCUGAUGGUAGUGCUCAGUCUUUUCACUCACACUGCCGGCCCGAUCGACCUGGCACUCACUGUAUUUAAAUAAAAUGAAAAGCAGAUUAUGCAAUUUCUACACUUGGAGAUGUGUACAUAUGUACAGUUAAUGUGUGUUUUAUUUUGAUUUUAUAUUGUUAGAGCGACAAAAAAAGAAAAAAGAAUUGUGAAUUUUCUGGGAAUUGUAAUUAAGUAUUUUCUCAUUCUACACUUGCUUUCAAUACUUAUGUUAAAAAGACGAAAAUUAAAUUGUGGACUGUAGCUUUCUUUUUUAUAUGGGAGUCUUUUUUAUUUAAUAUUAAACUAUUUACAGAA